AUGUCAACAUUCAGGCAGGAGGAUGUGGAAGACCACUAUGAGAUGGGAGAGGAGCUGGGAAGCGGACAGUUUGCAAUUGUGCGGAAAUGCCGGCAGAAGGGCACCGGGAAGGAGUACGCGGCCAAGUUCAUCAAGAAGCGCCGCCUGUCGUCUAGCCGCCGGGGAGUGAGCCGAGAGGAGAUCGAGCGGGAGGUGAACAUCCUGCGGGAGAUCCGGCACCCCAACAUCAUCACACUUCACGACAUCUUUGAGAACAGGACGGACGUGGUGCUCAUCCUUGAGCUGGUUUCAGGCGGCGAGCUCUUCGACUUCCUGGCUGAGAAAGAGUCGCUGACCGAGGACGAGGCCACCCAGUUCCUCAAGCAGAUCCUGGAUGGUGUCCACUAUCUGCACUCUAAGCGCAUUGCCCACUUUGACCUCAAGCCAGAAAACAUCAUGCUCCUGGACAAGAAUGUGCCCAAUCCACGGAUCAAGCUCAUUGACUUCGGCAUUGCCCACAAGAUCGAGGCAGGGAACGAGUUCAAGAACAUCUUUGGGACCCCAGAGUUCGUGGCUCCUGAAAUCGUCAACUAUGAGCCCCUGGGUCUGGAGGCAGACAUGUGGAGCAUUGGCGUCAUCACCUAUAUCCUCCUGAGUGGCGCGUCCCCGUUCCUGGGUGAAACCAAGCAGGAGACCCUGACCAACAUCUCGGCUGUGAACUACGACUUUGACGAGGAGUACUUCAGCAAUACCAGCGAGCUGGCCAAGGACUUCAUCCGCCGGCUACUUGUCAAAGACCCCAAGAGGAGAAUGACCAUCGCCCAGAGCCUGGAGCAUUCCUGGAUCAAGGCCAUCCGGCGGCGGAAUGUGCGGCGGGAGGACAGCGGCCGGAAGCCAGAGCGGCGGCGCCUAAAGACGGCACGCCUCAAGGAGUACACCAUCAAGUCGCACUCGAGCAUGCCCCCCAACAACACCUACAUCAACUUCGAGCGCUUCUCCAAGGUGCUGGAGGAGGUGGCGGCGGCCGAGGAGGGCCUGCGCGGGCUGGAGCACAGCCGGCGCCUGUUCCAUGAGGACCUAGAGGCGCUGACAGCCAUCUAUGAGGAGAAGGAGGCCUGGUACCGUGAGGAGAAUGAGAGCCUAGGCCAAGACCUGCGGCGGCUGCGCCAGGAGCUGCACAAGACAGAGGCGCUGCAGCGGCAGGCACAGGAGGAGGCCAAGGGUGCCCUGCUCGGGGCCAGUGGGCUCAAGCGCCGCUUUAGCCGCCUGGAGAACCGCUAUGAGGCACUGGCCAAGCAAGUGGCCUCUGAGAUGCGGUUCGUGCAGGAUCUGGUGCGCGCCAUGGAGCAGGAGAAGCUGCAGGAGGGGGAGUGCAGCCUCCGCUAG